GUUAUUACCGUUUUUUAGUUUUAUUUUUCAACUGUAUGCUGACCUUUGGCUCGUACUUUUGUUUUGAUAUGCCAAGUGUUCUUCAGGAUGUCUUUACUCAGACAAACUGUACAACUGGCAAUAAGACACAGCAGUUCAACAGUACAUGUGAUGGAUUAGGCAUGUCAGACGCAGAAUAUAACUUACUAUACGCUGUCUAUGCUUGGACGAAUGCAGUUGUUGUCAUAGCUGCUGGUUUUCUCAUUGACAAGUUGGGAAACAGAGUUGGAGUGUUCUUAUUUUCAUCAUUAUGCCUCUUGGGUUCUUCCACUUUUGCUGCUGGAGUGUUCCUCAAGGGCACAUCUGCCCUUCUGCCUGUCAUGCUGCUGGGACGAUUGCUGUUUGGUGCAGGAAAUGGUUCACUGACUAUUGUACAGAACAGAAUAACGGCAUACUGGUUCAGAGACAAAGAGCUUGCUAUGGCGUUUGGGAUCACGUUGGCUUUCUCUCGUCUGGGAAGUGUUUUAAAUUUCUUUCUUACACAGUCAUUUGAGCAGGAGUAUGGGCUGGUCUGGACCCUGUGGGGAGGAGCAGUGUUGUGUGGUCUGGGGUUUAUUUCUGCUAUCAUUGUCAGCAUAUUGGAUAAACAUGGGGUGAGGCAGCUUGGAGAUGAAGGCAGCAUCAGAAGUGACUCCAAGAAGCUGAAAGUCACUGAUGUCCGUCACUUGCCUCUGUCAUUCUGGCUGAUUGUGUUGACCAUCAUGUUUUUCUACAAUGGGGUUUUUCCGUUUGUGGCAGACGCCAGUAAAUUCAUCAAUACAAAAUACCACCUCGGCAAGACAUCUUCCUAUCUGGCUGGUGCAACAUAUGACGUCUCUAUGGUCCUGUCGCCUUUUCUUGGCGGCAUUAUUGAUGUGUUUGGUAUGCGAGGAUAUCUGGCCAUGGCAACUGCUGUUCUAACAAUUCCAGUAUUUUGUCUUUUGGCUUUUACUGAUGUCUAUCCACUGGUUUCUACUCUUUGGCUUGGAGUCACAUAUUCCUUUGCAGCGGUAAGCAUGAUGCAAGCAUGUGGCCAAGUAUCCCCUCUGGUAGUGUCCCAGGCCACGCUGGGCACAGCCAUGGGUCUGACAACCAGCAUACAGAUGAUAGGCAUCGGAGUCUCCAACCUCAUUGUGGGACAGAUCCUGGGCAAGGAGUCUGCAGAAGAAUCUGUAGGUGAGGUUUUAAACAGAUGGAAGUAUGUCAUGAUAUAUCUAUUGGGCAACACUGUCUGCUGCAUUGCCUCUGCCUUCUUUCUGAACGUGGUUGACCGCAGGAGGAAUGGCAUCUUAAACAUCAGCAGAUGGAAGAAACAACAGUUGGCCAAACAAAAAGAGGAAUCAGAACAGAGCACUAUCCACAACACAGAUGAUUUAUACAGAGAAGAUGAGCCGUUACUUCCUGGUGGUUCCGGGCAUCGGUAUCUCAGAGAUGGAAAUGCAUUAAAUUGA